AUGUAUUGAACAAAAAUUUAAGCGCUGUCCUCCCCUGCCCACCACCAGUGUUAUAAUAGUUUUCCAUAAUGAAGCAUGGUCCACGCUGCUUAGGACUGUCUACAGCGUGCUGUACUCUUCACCUGCCAUACUGCUGAAGGAGAUCAUUUUGGUGGAUGACGCUAGUGUAGAUGAGUACUUGCAUGAUAAACUAGAGGAAUAUAUAAAACAAUUUUCUAUUGUAAAAAUAGUCAGACAAAAAGAGAGAAAAGGUCUGAUCACUGCAAGGUUGCUAGGAGCAACAGUAGCAACAGCUGAAACGCUCACAUUUUUAGAUGCUCACUGUGAGUGUUUCUAUGGUUGGUUAGAACCUUUGUUGGCCAGAAUAGCUGAGAACUACACUGCUGUCGUGAGCCCAGAUAUUGCAUCCAUAGAUCUGAACACGUUUGAAUUCAACAAACCUUCUCCUUAUGGAAGUAACCAUAACCGUGGGAAUUUUGACUGGAGCCUUUCAUUUGGCUGGGAAACACUUCCCGAUCAUGAGAAGCAAAGAAGGAAGGAUGAGACAUAUCCAAUCAAAACACCCACUUUUGCAGGAGGCCUUUUUUCCAUAUCAAAAGACUAUUUUGAAUAUAUUGGAACUUAUGAUGAAGAAAUGGAAAUUUGGGGAGGUGAAAAUAUAGAAAUGUCUUUCAGAGUAUGGCAAUGUGGUGGGCAGUUGGAGAUUAUGCCUUGCUCUGUUGUUGGACAUGUUUUUCGCAGCAAAAGCCCUCAUACCUUCCCAAAAGGCACUCAGGUGAUUGCUCGCAACCAAGUUCGCCUUGCAGAAGUCUGGAUGGAUGAAUACAAGGAAAUAUUUUAUAGGAGAAACACAGAUGCAGCAAAAAUUGUUAAACAAAAAUCAUUUGGUGAUCUUUCAAAAAGAUUUGAAAUAAAGCACCGCCUUCAGUGUAAAAAUUUUACGUGGUAUCUGAACAAUAUUUAUCCAGAAGUGUAUGUGCCAGACCUUAAUCCUGUUAUAUCUGGAUAUAUUAAAAGUGUUGGUCAGCCUCUAUGUCUGGAUGUUGGAGAGAAUAACCAAGGAGGCAAACCAUUGAUUCUGUACACGUGUCAUGGACUUGGGGGAAAUCAGUACUUUGAAUAUUCUGCCCAACAUGAAAUUCGGCAUAACAUCCAGAAGGAAUUAUGUCUUCAUGCUGCGCUAGGUGCUGUUCAGCUGAAGGCAUGCGCCUACAAAGGUCACAAAACAGUUGCCACUGGAGAACAGAUAUGGGAGAUCCAGAAGGACCAACUUCUGUAUAAUCCAUUCUUUAAAAUGUGCCUUUCAGCAAGUGGAGAGCAUCCAAGCUUAGUGUCAUGCAAUCCAUCAGACUCACUCCAAAAAUGGAUUUUUAACCAAAAUGAUUAAGUGUUCCUUAAAAUUAAGGAGUUGAAAAAGGAGAUAUUCUUUCUCAUAAAACUGUGACUAGGCAUACACUGUAGUUUUUGAAAAUUAUGCAAAAGCAGCUAAUUGUAACUUAUUCCAAGUGCAUUUUUUUCUUAUUUAUAUCUUAAAAUGUCUAUGUAGCACUGCUACAGAAAUCCCUUAAGUUUCCAUUUCAAAGCACAAUAACUAGUAAUACCAAAGACUAUUUUGAAAUGUCCAGAUGUAGAGGAAGAGAAGUUUACAGUAUGAUGAAAAUAAUUUUUCCAGUAAAGUGAUGUUUGUGUGCUUUGUACACUUGAGAAUUUGCAUAGUUACAUUCACACACUCACAAUUUAAAAUAUUUCUUCUAGUUUUUUGGGGGGAGGGAGAAAGAUUUGAUACUGUAUUUUUUUAACAUAGAAAUGGAUCAAUGAAGGUCAAAAGUUGGCCUUUGUGUAAAACCAGGAAAUUUUUUAUAGAUCUAGAAUUUAUUAUAUAAAAAUGCAGGUAAACAUUUUUUUUUUUUUUUGCAUUUUGUUAACUUACCUGUCAAAUGUUUCCUUAAACAUGAAAUUAAAUAAAUAAGGAGAAGACUAUUUUUAACACUUCAAUUUCUUUGCAAAUUUAAACAUAUAUUUUAGUCUGAAGUCUACUUGAUUUGAAACACUGAAGUCUUCCUUAAAAGACUUUUUAAAAAGUAACUAUACUGUGUGUUUUCCCAAAGAAAUUAAAAACAACAACAACAACAAAAAACCCCCUCUAAGUUGCUCUAUGUUAAAAAGGUGUCUUUUUCCUUUCUGUUAGUGUUUUUUUCCUACCAAAAUUCACUAAUCUUGAAUGUUUAUGAAAUUGAGUUUCAGAUGCAGAAUACUUGACUCCUUUAAAGUUAAAUUUUGUUUGUUACCGAUUCAGUUGUAGAUUGUCUUUGCAAUGAAAAUUUUCACCAAAAACCUUAUUUCUAUCUAUGGAAAAUACAAUAAAACCAAUUUUUAUCACUAUUAUAAA